AAUUUUCACGAACCGAAGCGACAACGUGUUACUCAAAUUUUCAGUUUUCGCAUCCACACAUAUCCCUCCCUGUCUGUCUCGUCGAUUCGUUUUGAACUGUUGAGAGAGGAGAUUCAUCUUCCCCGCAUUCAACGACGAUGGAUAAUUCUAAAGUUCAAGAAAUUCUGGAAAAGCAAGUGCUCACGGUGGCCAAAGCCGUAGAGGACAAGCUAGAUGAAGAAAUCACAGCUCUUGAUCGCCUCGAUUUGGACGAUAUCGAAGCUCUGAGAGAGCGGCGGCUGCAACAGAUGAAGAAAAUGGCGGAGAAGCGCAACCGUUUGAUCUCCUUGGGACACGGCGAGUACUCAGAGAUUCCCGUCGAAAAAGACUUCUUUUCAAUCGUCAAGGCCAGUGACCGUGUUGUUUGUCACUUCUAUCGCGACAAUUGGCCUUGUAAGGUGAUGGACAAGCAUUUGAGUAUAUUGGCUAAGAAACAUAUAGAGACUCGUUUUGUGAAAAUUCAUGCUGAGAAAAGUCCUUUCUUGGCUGAGAGGCUUAAGAUUGUUGUUCUUCCAACUCUUGCACUCAUUAAAAAUGCUAAAGUGGAUGAUUAUGUGGUGGGAUUUGAUGAACUUGGUGGGACUGAUGAGUUCAGUACUGAGGAACUGGAGGAUAGAUUGGCUAAGGCUCAAGUCAUCUUUUUUGAGGGCGAAUCGUCUACUCACCUAUUCAAGUCUGGGGCACAAACCAAGAGGAGUGUAAGGCAGAGCACUAACCCGGAUUCAUCAGAUUCGGAAUGAGUUUGCAUUGUCAAUAAUUUGAUCUUAUGCUUAAGAAAAAAGUUUAUGGAUUCAGUUUAGCUGAAUUGAGCAUUAGGUGAUGGUUCAAAAGCAUUUUUUUUGUUGUUAUAAAAGUGGUGUUAUUUAUAUUAGCUCUGGUGGCAUCAUGGCAUUAAACGUGUGAGUUUUAGAAAGCUGCUUGUGACUUCUUUGGGUGUGUUUUGUGCCUGUUCUCUAUGUGGAAGACAGACAGAUUCUUUGGAGGUAUCCAAAUGGUUAUUCAAAAUA